AUGCUUUAUCAUGACAUCAAUGGACCACUCCAAGGUCAAUGGCUCAUCUGUGCUUUGAUUGGACUUCUUUCGCUGCUGAUAUUUAUUGGAAAAAUCCUAGAGUUGCGGCUUCUUGAUGCAAUGGAGACCUUCCCAAGCACAGUCCACGAACACUAUUCUCGAGAGGGCAAUGCUGCGGAUCCCCUGCUGAAUUAUAAUCCAGAGUAUACGAACAGUCUAGUACGAAGUACAUUGUCAACGGUCAGCAUGGAACAGGUGAAGAGCACUUAUGGAGGAGAACAACAGCAGAAAGACUGGGAUCCUUUUGCAAAAAGCAGCGCAGAACCCGUUGGGAGCAAAGAAAACCGGAGGCCGAAAAUUCAAGAGAAAAAGGUUUUGCAAGGCUUCGCGGAUGAGUUGCUCCAAAGUGUACAAGAAUCGGAGAUUCAAAGUGAACGAACCCAAAGAAGUCAAGAAAAGAAAUAA